AUGGCCGCGAAGCUCGCCGCCGCAGUGCCGCUCAGUGCGCUCAAGGCCUUCCCCCCAAAACACGCCCUCGCAGGCUCCUCGCGGCUGGCCUCCUUCGACCCCGACUCCUGGGCCGCCCUCCAGCCCCCGCCCCCCGCCGCCCUCUCCGCCCUCGCACACCGCAUCGGCCUCGGCGCCACCCUCCAGCCCCCGCACAUCCAGCAGGCGUGCACCCACCCCUCCUUCCUCGCCCUCCACGCGAAGCACCGCCCCGCUGACCCCGCACCCGCCGCCAACGCCAACCUCGCCGCACUCGGCAACUCCCUCCUCGGCCUCUUCGCCGCCGAGCACCUCGACGCGUCCUACCCCCACCUCCCCACCCGCGUCCUCAAGGCCGCGGUCAGCGCCUACGUCGGGCCCCUCACCUGCGCAGCCGUCGCCCGCGAAAUCGGCGCAGCGCCCCUCCUCCGCUGGAACAGAACACCGCCGACCCUCACCCGCUUCGGCGUCAUGCACUACGACGCCCUCUCCUCCAUCCCCCGCGCCCUCACCGCCCUCAUCUACCAGCAGCGCUCCCUCCCCACCGCCCGCGCCUUCGCCCACGCCUACUUCCUCUCCCGCGACAUCGACCUCCGCGCCAUGAUCAAGUUCCGCGACCCAAAACUCAACCUCGUCGACACCGUCGCAAAGUUCGGCCGCGAAAAACCCGUCUCCAGGCUGCUCAAGGAGACAGGCCGCUUCUCCAACUCCCCCGUCUUCGUCGUCGGCAUCUUCUCCGGCGCAGACAAGCUCGGCGAAGGCUUCGGCAGCUCCCUCCAAAUGGCCGAAUUCCGCGCCGCAGAGGACGCACUCCACAGGCUCUACCUCACCCGCACGCCCCCGCACCUCCUCCGCCUCCCCACCUCCACCUUCCCCGCCCCGUCCGAGGACGCGGAGGACCCGCUCGCGCAUGCGGACGUGUUCGCGGCCCCCGCGCACGCGGAGGCGCCGUACGUCCCCGGCGAACUCGGCGAGUCGGAGGUCCCCACCGGCAGCGCGGGCAGGAGCGCGAUCAAGAUGCCCCCCGCCGCCGUUGCCGCGGCGCGGUAG